AUGUGGGUGCUGCCGCUCGCCGUGCUCUUCUCCGUCAAGCAAGACCUCUCCUUCCUCCAGCGCUUCGUCCCCGCGUCCCUCUGGGCCGUCCUCGCGCGUUCCGACCCGUCGGCGCCGCCGGUGGACGCGACGUUGUGGGCGGGGCUGGCGGCGGUGCUGAGCGUGAACGCCGUAAUCGCCGUCUACAUCGUCCUCGCGCUGCGCGACUCCCCUGUCGCCGACCAGCCCCACCCCGACCCCGCCUUUGUCGCUGCUGCUGCACGCCGCCAGCAGGAAAUCGCCGGGUUGGCGGGCGAAGGGGAGGAGGGAGAGGGGGGGGACCGUGGGAGUGGUGGAAAGGGGGAUGGUGGUGGUAAGAGUGGUGCUGGGCUGAGGAAGAGGAGGGAGGAUAUGACGGCAGGGGAGGCAGAGGCAGAGGCGAUGGCAGCGGCGGCUCGGGUUAGUGGGACAGGCCAGCGGAGGGCAGUGGAGAGGAAGGGGAAGAAGCAGAGCUGA